UCCCGGCAUGGACUCACAUCAGUAGCACAGUAACCAUCUACAUGCCACUGGUGACGGUUCUCAGGCGUCCAUACACAAGUCCGACGGGGACAUAUUCUACUCCACGAUGUAGGACUAUUUAUCGGCCUGCGCAAAAAUGUCCAACUGUAAGCCAUCUUCCUAGACUUCAUCUUGGAGCCAGCAGCAGAGUGAUAGUGGUGGUCCACACCCAUGUCACUUCCUCCCAGUCGGAAGCCCUCUGCAGGUCAGCGCAGGCGGUCAGUGGCUACUAGCAGUGGGCGCCAUUCCCAUAGCAAUGCCUCCAAUACCAACACUUACCCCACCAACACUUACCCUGGCAGGGCUAGUGAGGGCAGUCCUACAGCCCGGACAUACCCUGGCACACCCAGGUGUCAGGCGAAGCACACCACCUGCAGUGAUAACCAUGGGAUCCGUCCCCCCACACCAGAACAGUACCUCACACCCCUGCAGCAGAAGGAGGUGUGUAUCAGACACCUGCGAGCCAGGCUAAGGGAGAAUGUUGAGAUACUGCAGCACAGGGACAGUGAGAUAACUGAGAUGAGGACCCAGUUGUGUCGGAUGCAAGAGGACUGGAUAGAGGAGGAGUGUCAUCGUGUGGAGGCCCAGCUUGCUCUAAAGGAGGCGCGCAGGGAGAUCCAGCACCUACAUGAGGUUGUGGAGACAGUACGAUCAAAUCUCGGCACCCCAGAAAAAUCCCCCCACAAUCAAAAGCCAUACCUUUCACCGCAGGGACCCAGACCUGUCAAGUCCCGCUCCUGUGGUUGCUCCCCAGCCAGCACCCUGAACCGCAGCACCACCUACACCCGGCUGAGCAGUGAGGGCCUGCAUCUGGGCCUGCAUCUGGACCGCAACGGAAACGUCCCAGGGCCUGACCUGCGUGCAGCGGCACGGGCAGAAGGGGGACGGACCCACCUGCUCCUGGAAGCAGCCCUUCUGUCAGAACAAAACCCAGCCGGCUCGGCCCGUGGCCCCUUCUCCUCCACCAUGCCACACUCCUCCGCCUACGAGAGACUGUACAGCGGGGGGGCUGUCCUGCCUGUCUCCCACUCCUGCCAUUCCCUAGGUAACAGCUGCAGGUGCAGCGGACACACCUACAUCCCGCAUCACCACCUCUUCCUGCACCUCCCUCAGGAGGAGCCCCCGGCUGCAAUGGCAGCGGCUGCUGCUGCUGCCCCCGUGACAGAUGUGAAACCGGAGGUCCGAUCCCAGGCCUGCAGCCCCACCAUGACCUGGGUCUCAGAGGAAGGAGGGGGAGAAGAGCUAAGCAUCAUCUCCCUGGCAACAACCGACAUCACCCCAGCCUACUCUGAACAACAACCGUUCCCUACCUUCUUGUCAACCUCCCCUCCUCCCCAGCUCUCCUACAACCUAGAACCACUGCCUCCAGAUGGCCCAGUGGAGAUGACAAUAAUGCCAACAGUGGCCCAAACCUGCCAGCCCAAGCCUGUGUCAUUGUAUUCACCAGAGAGGCAAGGGAGCGUGACAGUGGUGGAGAAGGAGGAGGCUGUUGAAGUUGAAAUCGUUGUGGAAGGGGAAGAGGGGGAGGAGGGGGCUCCCCAGCGGAACUUCUGGAGCCGAUACUUCCUGGUGGACCUGUUGGCGGUGGCCAUGCCGGUAGUGCCAACAGUGGCCUGGCUGUGCCAUGGGGCCCCGCGGGAGGUCAUGCCUGUCUACCACAUUGGCUCUCUGCUACGGGGUUGCUGCGCUGUGGCCCUUCACUCUCUGCGACGCAGGGGAUGUGGCCGGGGCCAUGACCCCACAAGCAUGAAUGGGGCGAACAAUAUCUGACAACUUUACUCUUUAGUCCCCUGACUCCCCUCACAGCAACCAUGCAACCCCAACCUCUUACGAGCCACAGCCACAAAGGCAAUUAUACAGACUUUGAUUUGGACUUAAACUCCUAUUGCUUUUUAUUCUCCACCCACCACGUCUGAUUUGAGGAUGAACUUGAGAUUUACAUGAUCCGAUUGUAUUGCAGUUGACCUUUGUGAAUUUUGUUUAUUGGUUACAGCAGACAGGAAUUAGGCUAAUUGUAUAGUUCAAGCCUGUUUCUGUUAGAUUUGUAAUCAUGCCUUGCUAUCAAAGAAAAUCUAAUGCAAUAGUGAUUUGAUGGGGAAUGCAUGAGCCUGCUUAAAUUGACUUUUUGACACUAGUCUACAGUGUCUCCCGUAACUGUACAUUGCAUGUAACCCUGAGAAAUGUUCAGCCUUUUGCCAUUACCUCACUUUAAACAGACUUGCUACAUUUGAACCUUGAAGACUUUGAUGUAUGCUUCAUGAAUCUUCUAGUGUUGUCUUUGAAAUUGGGGUGAAUAUGGUUCAUCUUGUUAGAAACAUCAGCAACAUUUUAUUUUAGUUUCUAGAGCUAAGUGAAUGAGGGAUCUGAGUAGGAGUUCUAGUUGAAUGUCUUUGAAAACUUUAUUUUCUCAAGAAAAUAGAUAGAAAGAUACACGUGUUUGCACAACGACCAAGAGAUAGAGAAUCUAUUACAUUUCAGGGAUCCAAAGUUUAUCUUCUGGUUUCAUUCAUUUUAUUUAUAGUCCAAGGAUAAGAUAAACAUUCUGAAUAAGACUAGCACUGUCAUUAUCSAUGCAAAUGCUGAAUGCCAGUGCAAGUCAUAAAAAAUGCCAACUAGGUAUUUAUUGUUGUUAAGGCACAUAUACCAUUUACUAAAUUUCGCAAUUUACAAUUAAGAAUAUGAUCAAUAGUUAGCCUAGAUAUUUGUUUCAAACAUUGCACUUUUUUUCCCACCUUUGGGACUAUACUGUACUACUUGAAGUUUGUAGUGGCUUUGCAUGUCAUCAAACAUUAACCAUGCCAGUCUUCUUUAGAGCCACAUCGUGCCGCUAAUGCUACAUUGACGACAAUUAUUCAAAUUCAGUGGUCAAAAUCAAUGAGGAAAAAGCAAUGAUGAAAUGUCUUUACUUGGGUUGAUAAAUUGCACAAAAAGCUGUAGAAUGCAAAGUGUAAAUAGGUCUGGGUGUAUUUCCUCUUCCGUUUGAAAAUAAACUGAAAGUUGCCUUUGUGUGUCAUCUAUUGAAGUGUGCUCUGAGAGAAUUAAGGACGCAUUAGAGACGCCUGGGAAUCAAUAUGAAAUAAAAAUAAAUUCAAAGUCUCUUUUUGAAGUUGAUAGAACAUCCUGUCAAAAGCUCUAAGGGAUGAGGAACAAUUGUUUUCAACCAAUGGGGUGAGAGUUGACUCACUGUGUUUGGGGAAAUUUAAUUUUACAGAUGCAUAGCUUGCUGAACAAGUUCCUUCAAAUCURGUUUUAGCACUUUACUAAUCCUCCUCUGAAAACAAAAUCAUGCAACUUCACAAAUCUUAUGGUACAAUUAUGGAAUAGUACUGUGAAUGAUAUUUGGCCCAAAACAAAGGGUCUCUUUUGCAUUCCCUUGUGAUUACUAAUGGUGUUCAAACAUGCCCUCAGCACUUCUCAGAGCAACACUAGAAAUAAUUGGUAUACAGUUGUCAGAUACUGUGCAGCGUUAAAUCAAUGAUACAAGGAAAAUUGGAGAAAUCAGACCAAACUAUCCUAGUUUAGAGAACAAGGUCAAGCCUACUGGGGAAUAAAGGGUGAUAAUUUUAUAGAAACAUACCAUMUAAAAAUUCACCCAUUUUGUUGCUUGAGGAUAACUACACCUGCCAGCAUGUGAGUUCUGCACUAUAAUAAUGACCAUCUUUAAUUACACAUGUAAUAUUUGGCCUUACCAAGUGUGUGCCACGCUUGUUUGUCUAUUCAGUGUUUAAUACAGAAAGGUAACGCUACUGGGGAAAAUAUAUAUUAACCAAAUCUUUAAA